GUGGUCAAUGGUCAUUGUCAAAUAAAUAACCUCUAAAAUGACAGGUAAAUUGUAAAUACUCUUGUUUUGUUUAUAUUUCUAGUAGUAGUAUAAGGAAAUUAUAACAUAGGAUAUAACAAAAUGGUUUUAAUAAGUAGAAUAUUGUUUAGUGUAAAAGAGUUCAAAAAGCCCAGGAAGUAUCUACGAACCAAAUUUAUUGAUACAGUUAGACUUCAUGUUAAAGGUGGAACGGGAGGAACAGGCCUUCCAAAAUACGGAGGUAUGGGAGGGCAAGGCGGCUGUGUAUAUUGCAUUGGAAAGGAAGAAGCCAAUUUGGGAAAAAUUAUGGGUCAACAUCGUGGCAAAACAAUAUGCGCCGGACACGGCGAAGAUAGUCGUAAAAAUAGAAUUGUUGGAACACCGGGUACCGAUGUGAAACUGGAAGUGCCCUUAGGUGUCACUAUUUUCCGUGAAGAUGGUCAUGUUAUAGGGACUAUUGAUAAGGAAGACCAAACCGUCAUAGUUGCCAGAGGAGGUCCUGGUGGGAAGCCCGAAAACAAUUUCCUAGGUCAUUUCGGUCAGAUUCACCACAUACGGCUAGAUCUUAAAUUGAUAGCAGACAUCGGUUUAGUUGGUUUUCCGAAUGCAGGCAAAAGUUCACUUUUAAAAGCUAUUUCAAGAGCAAAACCACGAAUAGCAAACUAUCCAUUCACAACUAUCAAACCAAACAAAGGUAUCAUACAAUAUGAAGACAUGAGACAGAUCUCCAUUGCUGACUUACCUGGUCUUAUUGAGGGAGCACAUAACAAUAUUGGCUUAGGACAUAAAUUCCUCAAACAUGUAGAAAGAACAAAAUUGUUAUUAUUCAUUGCUGAUGUGGAAGGAUUCCAGCUUAGCCCUAAACAUGCAAAGCGGACAUGUUUAGAAACAGUUUUACUUCUCAACAAAGAAUUGGAGCUAUAUGAUCCUGAACUAUUAGAAAAACCUGCAAUUUUAGCUGUAAAUAAAAUGGAUAUAGAAGGAGCUGAUUUAGUAUUUCAGGAAAUAAAAGAAUCUUUUCAAAAUAUACAAAAUGUGAUAAACAGACUGCAUAUAUCUGAAGAAAUAGUUCCAGAAAAUGUUGUAUCAUUUGAGGAUAUUAUUGAAAUAUCAGCAUUAAAAAGAGAAGGCAUAGAUCAGCUAAAGAACUUGCUCAGGAAAAGAUUAGACCAAUAUGCAGAAGAGAAUAAUCCAGAUAUCAUAGAUGCAAGUGAAUUGUUUAGAAAAAAUAAAGAUAUUGUGAGGGAGAGGGGACCUAGAAUCACUUAAAAAUUAAUUAAUGUUAAAUAUAGUGUGUAAAUAAAGACAAUGUAAUAUAAUAAAUUG